CACCGUGCAGCUCAGCUAAGUAUGGCUUGGCUGCGGCUGCAAUCUGCUGCCGCCGUCCUCGCUCUGAUGGUCAUCGCCGGCGCCGCGCACAGCUUCGAGUUCCACGAGGCCACCAUCGACGCCAUCCAGCUCGGCUUCCGCAACGGCAGCCUCACCUCGACCGCGCUCGUCCAGUCCUAUCUGGACCAGAUCAGCCGCCUGAACCCGCUGCUGCGCGCCGUCAUCGAGGUCAACCCGGACGCGCUCCGGCAGGCGGCUUGCGCCGACGCCGCACGCGGCCGCGGCCAGCCCACCGGCGUGCUGCACGGCGUACCCGUCCUGCUCAAGGACAACAUCGCCACCCGCGACGCGCUCAACACCACGGCCGGCUCCUUGGCGCUCCUCGGCUCCGUGGUGAGGCGGGACGCCGGCGUGGCGGCCCGGCUGCGGCGCGCGGGCGCCGUGGUGCUCGACAAGUCUAACCCCUCCGAGUGGUCCGAGUUCCGCCAAGUCGACAACGGGUGGAGCGCCCGCGGCGGCCAGACGCGCAACCCGUACGUGCUGUCGUCCGACCCGUGUGGGUCGAGCGCCGGGUCGGGCGUCGCCGCGGCGGCGAACAUGGCGGCCGUGACGCUGGGUACCGACACCGACGGCUCCAUACUCUGCCCGUCGUCGUUCAACUCCGUGGUCGGCAUCAGGCCGACCCUCGGGCUCACCAGCCGUGCCGGCGUCGUGUCCAUCACCCCGUUGCAGGACACCGUCGGGCCGAUUUGCCGGACGGUGUCAGACGCGGUGCACGUGCUGGACGCCGUCAUCGGCUACGACGAGCACGACGCCGCGGCCACCGGAGCGGCGUCCAAGUACAUCCCUCCCGGCGGGUACGCGCAGUUCUUGAGGAAGGACGGGCUGAGAGGCAAGAGGGUCGGCGUCCUCCGUGGAUUCUUCCAAUCAUAUGCAGGCACGCAGCGACUGAGGGUGUACGAGCAGCACCUCGCCACCAUGAGGAAACAUGGGGCCGUGGUGGUCGAUAACUUGCGUGUCACGGCCAAUCCGACGGCUCUGUUGGAUGAUAUCAGUUCCAACGAGGGCAUCGCAGUGGUGGCAGAGUUCAAGCUCAGCAUAAACGCCUACUUGGCAGACUUGGUCUACUCCCCGGUCCAUUCGCUCGCGGACAUCAUAGUUUUCAACAACGCACAUCCUAUAGAGGAGCAGAUGAAAGAUUUCGGGCAGGAUGACCUUAUCGCGGCCCAAAACACAAGCGGCAUUGGCCCCGUGGAAAGAGUGGCGAUACGACGGCUAAAGAAACUGUCAGCUAAUGGGCUGGAGAAGUUGAUGAAGGAGCACCAACUAGACGUGAUUGUGACGCCCGGCAGCGACGCUUCUAGCCUUCUUGCCACAGGUGGUCACCCUGGCAUCAUUGUGCCAGCGGGGUUUAACGAGCAAGGGGUUCCCUUUGGCAUAUGCUUCGGUGGGCUGCAGGGGUACGAGCCAAGGCUGAUCGAGAUGGCAUAUGCAUUCGAGCAAGCUACUAAAGUGAGGAAGCCACCCAUGUUCAAGCCCUAGCUGGAAUGCACAAUCAAGAGUUAAGUAUAACCCUAGUAUGUGCAUCAGACAUUCAGAAACUUAGUGUGUGUUCAUGAUGCUUUGUAUUGCCUUCAUGCUCAAUAAUAUGAGUUAAUAGAGAACACCCUUUA